CAAACGCCAUAAAAUAAUACCAGAAGAAGAAGAAAAAGCAGAAGCAGCAGCAGCAGCGAGUUGAUCAGAAUGGCAGCAAACUCGGAGAACAAACUUCAGCUGGUGCACAGUCACAUCCGGGCGUUUCCGGACUUUCCGAAGGAAGGGAUCUUGUUCAGAGACAUCUGUCCCAUCCUGAAGGACCCAGCGGCUCUGACCGCAGUGACCGACCUGUUCGAAGAACACGUGAGGCAGAAUCACAAGCAGGUCGAGUUGAUCGUCGGUUUAGAUGCUCGUGGUUUCCUCUUUGGGCCUCUGCUCGCCCAGCGGCUGGGCGUCGGCUUCGUCCUGAUCAGAAAGAAAGGCAAACUGCCCGGAGCCACUGCGUCUGUCGCAUAUGAUUUGGAGUAUGGGAAGGCAGAGGCCGAGGUCCAGGAGGACUCGGUGGCUCCACGACAGAAGGUUCUGCUCAUUGACGACCUUCUCGCCACUGGAGGGACGAUGUAUGCAGCCAUACAGCUGAUGAAGAAGCAGCAGGCCGACAUUCUGGGCUGCAUGGUCGUCAUCGAGCUCAAAGAGCUGAACGGCGUCGACAAGCUCAAACCGCACAGCGUUUUCUCCCUGGUUCAGUACUGAGGACGGCCGCCGAGCAAAAGUAUUCUGAUUAUUAAUAAUCUUUGGACAAUGUGGUUUCCAUGGUUCUCUGUAAGGAGUCUUAAAAAUGUCUCUGACUUUCUGUUCCUUGCUGGGAUCAAUCACUUCAGCCCUGCGUGCCAAAACAGGAAGACGCAGCUAUAGACGAGGGAUGCACUUAUUUUGAGUAUAAAGGCAUUUUAUCUGUGGCAAGUUUCAUUUUAUAAAACAGCAUCCAUCUGUACUAUAUAAUUAAGAGCUUACACUUCUGUUGACCGCUGUUUUUUAUCCAAUUAACUUUUAGUGCGUGUGUCUGAGACUUGAGCUCUGUGCAGUGCUAUGCUCUCUGUGCGGUGCUCCAUGUGUAGCAUAUUUGGCUGACUAUUUCAACACAUUUGAACACGAGUUCAACACAUGGUACGAUCACUCUCGCGGUAACGUGUUGCAUCACUUCCGGUUGUUGGCGCUUCUGUGAACUGUGUUUAUCCACCGCUCCUCCUCGUCUCUUUUUAACACUGCGGUUUCCUUGCCGGGAGGACAGGGCGGCUGGGUGACUGUCCGCAAUAAGAGGCGUAGUCCUAAACUGAAGCUUCCUCCAACUCUAAGUAGCAAUGAUUUCAUGAGCUUCUUUACUAAUAAGAUUAUUACCAUCAGAUAAUUUUUUUUUUUUCUUUUAGCAGAAAAAUUCCAUAAACCGUUUAGGAAUUACAUUUUGAUGUAAGGUUAAUCCAUUUUCAGAGGCUCAAAUGUAUUUGGACAAAAUAUUAUAAAUUGUUAAUACUUGGAUGAGAGUGUAAAAAAUCCUCAAAGGUUAAUGCAAUAUUUUUGUUAAACCCCUUGAAUUAAACCUGAAGGUCUAAAGACUAAAAUCA